CUUUCCUUUAAGCAUCAUAUUCCCGAUUUGCUCACGACUGCUCACGUCUCCUUCUCUUGCGCCGAGUCUUGGAACACACGCAUCAGAACCAAACACGACUCUUCCUCUCGAAGGAUUCUCUCCGCACACCAUGUCCGCACCACAACCCCCCUUCCCCUCGCGACCCUACACAACAGCCCUCCACAACCGGCCCAGCACCUUCCAAACCCCCUUCUCAACCGCACAAAACCCCAACCCAGCAGGCAGCACAGCAGCAUCCAACGCCGCGGCCCCCAACCUCCCACAAACCACGCAACAAAAAGAAACCAUGCGCUUCGAGCGCGAGCGCGCCGAACGCGCGGACCGCGAACGCCGCGAAGCAGAGAACCGCAGCGCCUUUGAAGCGCUGAGCGAAGAGCAGCGGGAGGAAGUCAACGAGGCGUUCGCGCUGUUCGAUCUCGACAAGGAUGAGUACGUGGAUUACCAUGAGUUCAAAGUUGCGCUGAAGGCGCUGGGCUUCGAGGUGCCCAAGGGAGAGAUUCUGGGGUUAUUGCAGACGUACGGCGUGCCUGCUUCUUCUUUGCAACAGGGGGGGAAGCAGGCGGCGAUACAGCAGCAGCAGCAGGCACCCACAUUCUCUGGGCCUUCGCGCUUAUUGCUUUCCCAUGCGCAUUUCCUCGCUAUUGCUGCGCAGCGGAUUCUGGCGCGCGAUCCGCGCGAGGAGAUUCUCAGGGCUUUUGAUUUGUUUGAUGCGGAUGGGAAGGGCCGGAUUGAGUUGGAGGAUUUGCGGCGCGUGGCGAGGGAGUUGGGCGAGGGGUUGCAGGAGGAGGAGCUGGCGGCGAUGAUUGAGGAGUUUGAUGUGAGGGGGGAGGGGGGCAUUAGUCGGGAGGAGUUUGUGGGGAUAUGUCUUGGGUAGAUGGCGUAGAGUGGAGGGAGUCUGGUAUUGAUGUGCUUGGGGCGUCUUGUUUUGCUACUGGCAUAGGUUGGGCUCAUGAUGGUAACGUGCUUUUCUUGAUGCUUUUGAACAUAGCGCUGGGGUUGGGAGU